GAGACGCAUUGAAGGGCAUUAUACAGCCAAGAGACUGACACAACCAGAACUGCAGGACGCUGAAAUAUUGUUAUGGAGAAUGGUGCAAUUGGAAGCAUAUGCGGACGAGUUGGCCAUUAUCAGGAAGAACGAAGAGUUGUCCGUCGACGAACGAAUGUCACUGGAGAAAGACAGCAUUCUUUUCAAACUAACUCCGGUACUGGAUGAGCAUGGAAUACUCCGCGUGGACGGCCGCAUAGGUUCAUUACAAGUAGUACCAGUGGACAUGAAAUGGCCUAUCAUUCUACCCAGACACCAUCGUGUAACAUUCUUGAUUGUAGACGACUAUCACCGUAAGUAUCUUCACGCUAACUCUGAGACGAUCGUGAAUGAGCUGCGGCAGCGUUUUUACAUUCCACGGCUGCGUGUGAUUGUGAAAACUGUUGCAAAUCGUUGCCAGGUUUGCAAAAUUAAGAAAGCUAAACCUUGCGCACCUAGAAUGGGACCGUUACCAAUAGCGAGACUUUCUCCUUUCGUCCGCCCAUUCAGUUACGUUGGGUUGGAUUAUUUUGGUCCAAUUACUGUUAAGAUAGGUAGGGCCAACGCAAAAAGGUGGAUUGCACUUUUCACGUGCCUUACGAUUCGGGCUGUGCACGUGGAAGUUGCCUUCGAUCUUUCCACCCAUAGCUGCAUAGCGUGCAUUAGGAGAUUCAUCGCUCGGAGGGGAGCUCCAAUCGAGAUUUACUCCGACAACGGGCGGAAUUUUGUAGGAGCUCAACGUGUUUUGAAGGACCAGGUUGCUCGCAUCUAUGAGGACGUCGCUAUCACAUUCACCAACACUCAUACCAAAUGGGUGUUCAUUCUACCUCAUGCUCCCCACAUGGGGGGUUCAUGGGAACGCUUAGUUCGAUCAAUCAAAGUUCCCAUGAAAAGCCUUCCGCAAGAACGUAAACUGGACGACGACGCGUUACAUACUACGGCGGUGGAAGCGGAGGCCAUCGUCAACACACGGCCGUUAACCUAUCUGCCUCUAGAUUCAGCAGAGCAGGAAGCCCUUAGCCCCAACCAUUUCUUGCUGGGGUCUUCUAACGGGGUAAAACAACCAACGACCAGGAUGGAAGAUACUCCAAGAACAAACCGUCACAUGUGGAAUUUGAUUCAGCACAACCUUGACCAUUUUUGGCGCCGCUGGAUCAGGGAAUAUUUACCCACGUUGACGAAAAGAACCAAAUGGUUUGGCGAAUCAAAGCCACUCCAAACCGGAGAUUUGGUCGUGGUGAUCGACGAGACGAAACGGAAUGGAUGGAUACGAGGGAAAGUGCUGGAGAUCAACCCAGGACGCGACGGAAGGAUAAGGCAGGCAGUAGUUCAAACCUCAGACGGAGUGUUUCGGAGGCCUGCGGCCAAGUUGGCCAUUUUGAAAGUGCAGUCGGAUGCUAAAGCUGUGUCUGGUACCCACCUUUACGGGGAGGGGAAUGUUAGCACUGGCAGCCCUUCCGUGACCACUGUUGACGUCUUCGGUGACGGACAGCGACCUUCACCAUGACACGUCUGCGCAAACGUCAGAACUAAAGCAGAGUGAAAACAGAUAUGCUACAUGUGAAACUACAAACCAAUUAAUUUUCCUAAAUUUCUUAUAUUUUCUACUAUUCUAUUGAAUUUGUUUAUUUGAGUGCCUAAAUUUGAUUGAGGUGAGAAUUGUGGUUAGUUAUUCGGAGAUAGUCUAAUAAACAUAGUUAAUUAUCAUCCCAACAGCAAGCAAAGUGCAGCUUCUAACCUCUGUUGUUCGAGGAAUAAAAAAAAACUAAUGAGUCACUGAAUGUCUUAAAGCAAUCGCUGAAAAGAUCCGUGAUUUUCAUUUCGUUCCCGAACA